CUCCAUCACAGCAGUACCAAGGAUGUUGCGAACAYACGAUUGUUGUCUUUCAGUCCUUUCUUCUAUGCUGAUACGAGAAUAUCCUUGUCUUCGGUAUCAGUGACUAUUUUGCUGCUGGAUGACGCAUCUUCUUUGAGUUGUUCGGAAAUCGCUUCCUCCAGGAGUUCAACUCCUUCUGGAUCUACGACAGCAGCAACAGUCRCAGUAGCUUCGGCAUAUUCUUCUUCUUCAACUACUUCUAUCUCCUCAUGGUAGGACCCGUUCUUAGCAGUUUCGGGGAUCUGGCCCAAAAGCCUUCUUCCAAUGAAGCCUGCUACACGACCAAUAGUAUUUUUUAACACAAAUCCGACGGCCUUGUCAGCAAACAUUACAACCUGUUGUCGCUUSGAAAAWWUUUUCGCAGGUUUYUUCGCUUCUACGACACGUGUGGUGACAGUUUUAGCUUGGGUGGCAGCCAAUUCUUCGGCUUCAGCCAAUUCGAUGGCCUUAUCCAUCACUUCCAAAUCGUCAUCGGACAUACCUGGUCGUCCCAGUUCUCUCAUGCGUUUCAAUUCUUCGCGCUUCACCAUGCCUUGCGUAACAGCGCCGAUAACCUUGAGUGUUGGGCAGGGACUUGYAAUUUGUUUCAGGGUCGGCCAUUCGGCAYCUGUGAUUUUCGUAGACGUAUCGAAUAAUUUCGCUGCGGUAUCGAUGUUGAGGACCUUUGAGGAUUGGUCAUUUUCGAAAAUGGAAUCCCAUCCGCCCCCGGCUCCUCCGCCUCCACUGAUUUGGCCACCCUUUUCCAGAGCUUCAGCACCGCGUCCUUCACGUGGGCCACCAUUCCAAGACCAGUAGACCCCCGAUUUCGAACACCGUGGAUCGUGGGCUACCUGGAAAAGUCGUUGUCCAGCCUCGUGUUCUCCAACAAAACCACCUGCAGAGUGAUAUAAAUGGGAACGAGAUAUGCCAUCGGCAAAUGAAAAUAUUUGCAGAAAUUAGGAAUUCAAAUUUUUAUCGAAAGUGAGAAACAUAGUUGUCAAAACAUGAAUGAGCAGAACCAACACUUCGUCGGAUUUUAUUUUUCUGCCAACUGAAACUUACCCGUAAUGAAUUUCAUGAAAAUGGGAAAGUAGGUACGGAACCAUUCUCGCUUCUCACGAAAGAGAGGCGAUUCGGCAAUGCAUCCUGGAUACAUUGAGCAGAACGUGACCCCUGUCAGCUUGUUGUACUUGUAGUGCAAGAAAUUUGCCAUYAUCAUCAGGCACAACUUGGAAUCCUUGUAAGCCUUGGCACCGAUAAAUCCGUAUCCGUCUGCCAUAGGAAUGGGRUUCUUGAAUCCUCUUUCGAAGCCCUCUAGUUCGUGUAGGUCGGCAAUAGGGUAUACUCCCCCUCCACCGACCGUGUUGUCGUUUCCGGUAACGCUUCCCACCAUGAUUACUCUGGGAUCAGAGSAGUCCAUCAUGCCCGGGAUUAACUUGGAAAUCAUCAAGAAAUGCGACAAGAAAUUGAUUUGCAUCGUCUGYUCGUGGUUGUCGACACUCCACUUGGCAUAAUCUAGGGUUGGCUGAUAGACUCCUGCGUUGCAGAUCAACCGAUCAAUGGGUUUUUCCAUUCGGAAUUCAUCAAGGCUGUCGCAGAAUUUUCGCACACUKGCAAAUGAAUUUAAUUCGCAUUCCAUAGGAGUGAAAUGGUCCAUGUCAAAGCCAUCUAUUUCGGCGACGGCUUCCAUCUUGUCCAGGUCACGGACGGCACCGACGACGUGGUAUUCUCCCGAUCUCAACAAGGCUAGGGCGGCCUUGCGGCCCAAUCCAGAUGAUGUCCCGGUAAYGACGACAAGUUCUGUAAGAUCGAACAGAAGCAGCAAGGAGUAAGAUYACAAUUGUGUGGAGAAUAGGAAAACAAUCGUACAUGUGUACAUGKGAAUAUGUAUGAGAAACGWGACGUCGAUARGGUGAGGMGAGGAAGCAGUUGAUACAAUAUUGCUUCUUGCAUACAUGCAAUCUACGAAAAUAGCGUUCACAAGAAAGAAACUCACUUCUGUCACCAAAUGUUUGUUCGAUGAGAUCUUCGUUGGGGUUGUAAGUCGGCAUUUUGAAUUUCGACAUCCAUUGGAAGCCUUGCACCGUUGUUGAUGAAAAUACGAUGCACGCGACUGCUAGCAGCAGCGCAUAUGAAAAGGAGAUAGAUGCCAUUGUUUAUUURUGUAUGACUGUCGUCGAGAAAAAUAUAAAAUUGUGAGUUCGACCUGUUGUAGUGCGGAUCGGAGGACAAGAGAUAGACCUUGGUGAUCCGAAGUGUUGAGGAAGUAACUAGRCAAUUGAACGAAUGAACUUCGUUGCUCUCAGUUUGUUCUGUGAUAGAUUUUUGCUUGUAAACGCAAGAUUUUCAAUUUUAUGGAUGUCGCAAUGGCUUUUUCUUAUCCAGAUAGAGCGUCUAAUCACAAUUCACAGUAGAUCAAAAAGACAAAACAUGCGAAGUAGUAAUACUUUUASAAGAAAACAAAGAAACAUGGAGAUCGACGWACACCGUUUGUGUUCGUGUCUUUUUCAUUUUGAUGGAUUUGAUGGAUGGAUUCCACCCGGAACGGAGGAUGAUGAUUGGAUCAACUCCGAAAAGACAUUCAAGAAUCGGGUUCCACCAACUGGAGAGAAAAUUGUGUCUUCCAGCUGGAAUUACAAAAUUGUAUCUUUCCCCGCGCUGACGUAAGUUGUAGCGUUUUUUGAAAUAAUUGUUCCUUUUCCAUCUGUAGAGAAUACAUACAGAAUGCAUUCUUCAUUUUCGUGCAGUCCAGGCCUUAAGUAAMGACAAAAUUUGAUGCAUCAUUAUGUCGUUGAUGGGUGGGUCGUGAAAAUCUUUCGAGGAAGUGAUUUGUAUCCUCUCAUUUUUACUUUAACUCCCGUAGUUCGUACUCGUACUCGUACUCGUAUCACACCACCAGAUAAGGUAUUGUACUGAAUACAGAGAAUUCUGGCCUUCACCUGCUUCUGUUCAAUUGAAGCAAGGUAUGAGUGGGAUCAUCACCCGGAUACUCUUGACAGCUUCGUUUUGACUCUCAACAUAAUUCUUCUUUAUCUUCCAUUUUCCAUCGUCUUCUCUUSUCCAUUUUAAAUUGAAUUCAACASAACAAAAACGUUAUCGAAACCACAAGUCACRCAAUGAGUCGUCGCACUGUUAACAUUUUAUGGAUUGCAAUCGCAUAUUUUGCAUCCUCCACCAUUACAAGCACUUUGGCCUUUGGAUCGAGAGCGACAGCAAGGCGUUUCCCCUCUAUUUCUGCGACAACGACGACUUCCCUACAAGCGUCGACUGCCGCAGGAGGCAGCAAGAAAAAGAACAAGAAAUACGUUCCAAAAUGGGUUAAGAAGGAAACCCUCGCGGAUUCUGCCGGCGACACCGGAUCGCUGGGAUUUGAUGGCGUCGGCCUGAAGGGUACUAUUCCCGUCGUCUUCCGACAGGGCAACGAGACCAGAACCAGCAUGGCCUGGGCCGGCCAACCUAUCCGCGAUGUUGCCUCCCAAGCUGGACAAUACAUCCAAUACGGAUGCGGCAAGGGCGAGUGCGGAACCUGCGAAUGCAUGAUGAACGGAAAAUGGGUUCGCCCGUGCGUCGAGACCGUCCCGGCCAGCGCAGCCGACGCAUCUGCCGGAGAACUUGUGCUACAAAUCAAGGCCAUCAAGGCCAAAAAGACCAGCAGUGGAACCUUUUUCAGCAUCCGAUCCUUUUUCAUGGGAUUUUGGAACAACCUGCUCGGAAUGCUUGGAUUUUUGAAAUUCCGAAGAAAGGCCUCAGAAAACUGGGACGAACGCAAGGCCUACGAAGAUCUUGUGGCGCAAAAGACGUUGGAGAAGAAAUUGUUGCGGCAAAGGCUACAAGAAGCUGAAGGUAGUGACCAGCCAGCGCCAGGAAUGGCGUAGCGAUUAU